AUGGAGGGAGAUGGCUUAGAGCCCAGGCAGGACAAUGUCACUGUGUUGCCUAUGCAGCUUCCCAAACCAGCCAUUCGGGCAACUGACUCUUAUGAGAACCACGAGAACACAGUGUGCCCUCAAGCUUCUCUUCAGUUCCAGGGAUUCCAAGAGCUUAUCAAAAUCCCCCCAGAUGAUUCACCCACUGAUGUAUACAGCUUUAACUUUUUGUUGUCAAAUGUGAAUAAAGACAACCAGGAAGACCAUACCCAAAAAACUGUCUCAAGCUACAGCCCCUCACAGUUCAGUUGCCUGAGCUUGAUGCAGGAUCAAAUGAUGUGUAAAACAACCAACUCCUAUCAGAUGACACAAGAAAGAAGGAUCCAGGAAGAGGGUGGAACCUGCGACAAAUGGAAUAUAAUUAGAAAACCAUACUUAGAGAAAAGAAUGCCAGUUCGGAAAGCACCUCAAGCCACUCCAGAUCCAGUGCCUGAGAGAAAAAGAACAGCUCCUAUUAACCCUGCAUAUACAAUUCGCAAGUCAAGAGUUGCUAGCAGUGUCCACAUGAGACCAUACAGGGAUAGGGUGAUUCACUUAUUGGCAUUGAAGGACUACAAGAAACCUGAACUGCUUGUUCGGCUUCAGAAAGACGGCAUCACCAAGAAUGAAAAGAACUCCCUUGGAGAAAUUCUGCACCAAGUAGCCAACCUGAAUACUCAGAAUUUUUCAUAUACCUUAAAGGACUAUGUUUUUAACGAGCUCCAAAAAGACUGGCCGGGAUAUAAUGAGUUAGAGAGGCAGUCAUUGGAGUUGGUGCUUUCCAGAAGAGUAGAUGCAUUUCAGAACGUGACAUGUACCAAUUCCACAGGAUCUUCUGUAGAUUCUAGUACAGCUGAAACAUCUCAGGAACAGCUUUCCAGUGUAGGUGUUGUUAAUUUAUCGAAGAGAAAAGUUAGAGUAUCUCACCUGACAACUGCAAUACAGUCAACACCAAAUGGCCAUUUGAAUAACACCAGAGCAAAAUCUGCUGUAGGGCUCUCAGGCCAUUCUGAGGCUAUUGCCCAUUCCACCCGUCCUCCACUGCCCACAACCCGCCUUCCCUCCUCACAUCCUCCUCAGCCUGCAUGUUCCAGCAGCAAUUCUUGUGGCGAUGCAGAAGGACCUGGGGCUCCAGGUUCACGUGUUGCUAGUUUUAGUCAAAGUAGAAUAAUCUUUGGGAACCAGAGGGGUAAACGUCCUUGCUUGAAAACGUUACCCUCUAUUUCAAUUCAAAUAUAUCCAGAGCCUGUGGAGAAAAAACCUUUGAUGUCUGAUAAGAAGUCUGAAUAUACGUUUGUGGAACAUGAAGCAAAGAACCGAGAGUACAAUAUUGAGAUGAUGGGGAGGCAGAAGACAGAUCCAGAAAGACAAAGUGAAGGUGCAAAGCCAAACUCAAACGAAGUUAAAGAGGUUUGCACUGCUUCUGGGAAGACUGGUGCAGCCUCUGGGCUCCCAGAUUAUUUGGCUAACUAUGUCACGAUAGUUUCCUCUGAGCAACGUCAGCAGUAUGAGCAGGAAUUUAGAGUAGAAUAUGAUGAAUAUCAGAGCUUGUAUGCCAAGAUGCUGACUUUAUCUAGAAUAUUUAUUAACCUUGAUUCAAAGAGGAAGCACCUUUCUCCAGACUCAAAAGAAUAUCAGGAUAUUAAUAAAAAAAUCUCUCUAGAAUAUCAGAAGAUGAAACAGAUUAAUCCCAAUUAUUGUGCAGAAAAACAUAGAUGCCAGUAUCUUUAUAACAAGCUGGUUCACAUUAAAAGAUUAAUAAAUGAUUAUGACCAGCAGCAUGUAAAACCAUAG